UUACUGCAGGUCUCAUUUCUUGUACAGGUUUUAAGGUAGCAAAUCCAAGUUUCAAUGAAAUUCCGCACACUUAUGCAGAUCAGUGUCAAAGAGUGGUAAGACACAAUGACCAAAUCUGAAAAUUAUCAAUACAUUUUUUUGUAUAAAAGUUGGCCAAAUAUCAAAAGCUGUUAUCAUUCACUACUUGUCUUUAGUUCUAUACGACCAUACAACUCACAAAUCUCGGCUAACAACAUGGCUUUCAAAUUUGUCUUCGCACUUGCCUUUGUCGCUGUGGCCAGCGCUGGUUAUGCUCCAGUUGCCUAUCACUCAGCUCCAGCUGUCUAUCACUCAGCUCCUGUUGCUGUGCAUGCUGCCCCUGUGGCUGUGGCCCAAAAGGUCGUUGUCAAGUCUGAGGAAUACGAUCCCCAUCCUCAGUACAAAUUCUCCUACGGUGUCGAGGACAAAUUGACUGGAGAUUCCAAGAGCCAAGCCGAAGAACGUGAUGGUGAAGCUGUCCAUGGUGAAUAUUCCUUGAUUGAUGCUGAUGGUUACAAACGCACUGUCCAAUAUACCGCCGAUGAUGUCCAUGGUUUCAAUGCUGUAGUGCACCGUGAACCUUUGGUUAAAUCUGUUGCCGUAGCUCCUGUACAUUAUGCUGCCCCCACUGUUGUGAAAUCAGUGGCUCCUGUGGCCCAUUAUGCUGCCCCACACUAUGAAACUCCCGUAGCCCAUCAUUAUGCCGCUCCCGCUGUUGUCAAGACUGUUGCCCCAGUGGCCCAUUAUGCUGCUCCAGCUGUCGUCAAGACUGUUGCCCCUGUGGCCCAUUAUGCUGCCCCAGCUCACUAUGCUGCCCCUGCCGUGGCUACUUACUCUGCUCCUAGCCACUAUGCUUCCUACGAAGCCCCAUCCUACAGUUAUCAUCAUUAUUAUAACGUUUUAUUGGACUCCAAUGGAAAACUCUAUUUUCUUGGCUUUUUAUUUCGUGAUGUAUUUUUUAAGCACAAUUUAAUUUUACAUAGUGGUUAUCGAAGUAGAAAUGUUUUGGAAAAUUCGGUGUCAAUUUGCUUAAGACGCGGAUCAAACGUUCGCUAUUCGACUUCAACGUUAAUUAAGCUAUCACAUGCGCGUAUUAAUUGGAAUUUGAUUUUUAAUGGUAAAUUGCGCAUUACUCCCAGUCAAACACCCGCACAGGAGAAAAAAAAGCACAAAAUUGAAAUAAUCGCUAUAAAAGUUGACGAAUAUCAAAAAACUGUAUCAUUCACUUCUGGAGCUCAUUUAUGCAAAGAACAACCAGUCAGUCAGUCACUCACUCACUUAACCAUCAACCAAAUCGAAUUCCCCAUCAUGGCUUUCAAGUUUGUUUUAGCACUUGCCUUUGUUGCUGUGGCCAGCGCCGGUUAUGUCGCUCCAACUGCUUACCAUGCUGCUGCCCCAAUCGCUGUGGCCCAAAAGGUCGUUGUCAAAUCGGAGGAAUACGAUCCUCAUCCCCAAUACAGAUUCUCUUAUGGUGUCGAUGAUAGAUUGACCGGUGAUUCCAAGAGUCAGUUCGAAGAACGUGAUGGUGAUGUGGUGCGUGGAGAAUAUUCACUGAUCGAUGCCGAUGGUUACAAGCGUACCGUUCAGUACACAGCUGAUGCUGUCAAUGGUUUCAAUGCUGUUGUUCACCGUGAACCAUUGGCCCAAUAUGCUGCCCCAGCCGUUGUUAAGACCGUAGCUCCCGUUGCUCACUAUGCUGCGCCUGCUGUUGUCAAGACUGUUGCUCCUGUGGCCCAUUAUGCCGCCCCAGCUGUGGUCAAGACUGUUGCCCCAGUUGCUCAUUACAGUGCUCCAGUUGCCCACUAUGCUGCCCCAGCCGUUGUUAAGACCGUAGCUCCCGUUGCUCACUAUGCUGCUCCCACCGUGGUCAAAACUGUGUCCCCAGUGACCCAUUAUGCCGCCCCAGCUGUGGUCAAGACUGUUGCUCCAGUUGCUCAUUACAGUGCUCCUGUUGCCCACUACAGUUCUCCUGUUGCCCACUAUGCCGCUCCAACUGUUGUCAAAUCCGCUCCAGUUGCUUAUGCUGCCCCUGCCGCCCACUACACCUAUGGUAGCCCAGCUGUAGCUUAUCAUCAUUAAAAAACUUCAUCCAUUUUUUGU